UCACACAUCAGAGCGCGCAGCUCGGUCCACCAUCCCCGUGGCGAUAGUCGCGCGGCCCCACGCCCUAAUAACACAACGCAGCUUCUACGAUGAGGGACCCAGUGGUGUGAUAUGGCGAACGCGUCGUAUGACCAGCUCGUGCGACAGGUAGAGGAUCUCCGCAAGGAGAACUCUCACCUGCGCCGGGAGCUGCAGGAUAACUCCCAUCACCUGUCCAAACUGGAGAACGAGACUUCCGACAUGAAGGAGGUGCUACGGCAGCUGCAGAAGAAGCUGGAGCAGGAGGCGUGCACUCUGGCCUCGUCAGGGAGGACGGACGUACUCGACCAGCUCAAAGAGCUGCAUAUGGACCUAACCAACUAUUAUGAGCUGAAGUACCAGCCUCACAACCUGCGUGUGCUUCCUGAGUCUCUGGCCUCCGCGUCUGGGGAGGGGGAGGAUCGCCUGGCCCGGCCCACCUCCAGCCAGGGCCGAGCCAGGAGCCCCCACCGACCCUCGUCCCGCCAGAGUCUCUCCGUAGCUGGGGAGGGCACAGCCAUACACCCCCACCUCAUGGACAGCUCCAUCUCCAAAGCAGGCCUGAUGGGGGAGGGCCGCGUCACGGCACAGCACCUGGAGGACCUCUGCAAGGAGAGGGCCAUGCUCCUGAGUGAGAUUGAGAAAGAGGAAUGUGAGCGCCACUGGUAUUAUUCUCAGCUGCAGGCCCUCUCACAGAAACUGGCAGAGCUGCCCCGCAUUGAAACGUUCUCCAUCCAGAUGGACAUGAUCCGGCAGCAGCUGGAGUUCGAGGCCCAGCAGGUGCGCUCCGUUAUGGAGGAGCGUUUCGGCACCAGUGACGAGAUGGUGCAGAGGACUCAGAUCCGCGUCGCUCGUCUGGAGCAGCUGGAGAAGGAGCUUCAGGAGGCACAUGAGUCUCGCGCCCCUCUGGAGAAAACACCCACCUUAGAGAGUCAGACUCUCAGCUGCUCAUCCAAGCCCUCCAUGUCAGAGAUGGAGAAUGUGUCCAACGCCUCGGGACAGGAGGCGCCGGGCGAGGCUGGAAGCAAGGUGGAGAUGGUGUUCUGGCUGCUGUCCAUGCUGGCCACGCGGGACCGCGAGGAGAUGUCGCGCACGCUGCUCGCCAUGUCCAGCUCGCAGGACAGCUGCAUCGCCAUGCGCAAGUCCGGCUGCGUCCCGCUGCUGGUGCAGAUCCUGCACGACGGGCCCGAGGGGGUGGGCGCCGCGGCGACGGGGGAGGCCGGAGGAGGCGGCGGCGGGAGCAGCCGGGAGGCGCGUUCACGGGCGAGCGCCGCGCUGCACAACAUCAUCUACUCGCAGCAGGACGAAGGGCAGGCCAGGCGCGAGAUGAGGGUGCUGCACGUGCUUGAGCAGAUCCGCUCGCACUGCGAGAGCGGCUGGGACUGGAUGGAAGGCCACCUCGCCACUCCCUCACCUGGAGGGACCAGCACCACAGACAUCCCAGAGCCAGUGGACCCCCAGAUCUGCCAAGCCGUGUGUGCCGUGAUGAAGCUCUCCUUUGAUGAGGAGUACAGGCGUGCCAUGAACGAGCUCGGGGGUCUUCAGGUGGUAGCCGAGCUCGUGCACCUGGACCAGGAGCUGUACGGGGUGAUGAAUGACCCCAUCAACAUGGCGCUGAGACGCUAUGCUGGCAUGGCCCUCACCAACCUCACCUUCGGGGACGUGGUCAACAAGGCCACUCUUUGUACUAAGAAGAGCAGUCUUCAGGCGAUUGUGACACAGCUUGCAUCAGACAGCGAGGAAUUACAUCAGGUGGUGUCGAGCAUCCUGCGGAACCUGUCCUGGCGUGCAGAUAUCAACAGCAAACGAGCGCUCAGAGAUGUGGGCAGCGUAGCAGCACUGAUGGCGUGUGCGCUUCAGGCCACAAAGGAGUCCACUCUGAAGAGCAUCCUCAGCGCGCUGUGGAACCUGUCGGCUCACAGCCAGGAGAACAAGGUGUCCAUCUGUUCCGUGGACGGCGCUCUGGGCUUCCUGGUCAGCACCCUCACCUACAGGUGUCAGACCAACUCCCUCGCCAUCAUCGAGAGCGGCGGAGGCAUCCUGCGCAACGUGUCCAGUCUCAUUGCAACCCGAGAUGAUUACAGACAAAUCCUGAGGGACCACAACUGUCUGCAGACCCUUCUACAGCAUCUGCGUUCCCACAGUCUGACCAUAGUGAGCAACGCGUGCGGAACCCUGUGGAACCUCUCUGCCCGUAGCCCCAAGGACCAGGAGCUGCUGUGGGACCUGGGCGCAGUGAGCAUGCUCAGAAACCUCAUCCACUCCAAGCACAAGAUGAUCGCCAUGGGAAGCGCCGCGGCGCUAAGGAACCUCCUCGCCAACCGGCCGCUGAAGUACAAGGACACGGCCGUGAUAUCGCCUGGCUCCUGCAUGCCCUCCCUCUACAUGAGGAAGCAGAAAGCCCUUGAGGCUGAGCUGGAUGCCAAACACUUGGCAGAGACAUUUGACUCCAUUGAAAAGCAAAGUCCCAAACACCCAAGUAUUAACAAACCACUGAGGCACAUUGAGAGCCUGGCGAAGGACUAUGCCUCUGACUCUGGCUGCUUUGACGACGAUGAGGCCCCAAACGUGUCAAGCAGCCUGGACACCGGGACAUACUCCAUGCUAUCCAUGUUCCUGAACAAUUCCAACUUCCUCCAGGGUCAGCCCCGGAAGAAAGACAAUGAACCAGAGAGAGAUGUUGGGCUGCCCCUGACGGACGAUAAGAAGCACGCUCCCCCGGACGAUGAGGUGUCCUUGGCAGCGGAAAAGCUAGCGAAAAAGAUCACCAACACAGUGGCAAAGAUCGACAAGCUGGUGGAAGACAUUACCAUGCACACGUCCUCAGAGGACAGCUUCAGUCUCAGCUCCGAGGACCACUUUGUGGACUGGCCGUACGGCUCUGACGAACUCCACGAGGCCAGAGCCAAGUCCUGCUCUCCAUGCCGGCUCUCAGACACCAGCAGCCUCGCACACAAAGAGCGACUGAGCCGAGCCCACGCCCUGCUGCGCCUCAAGACCAAUCACAGCAGCCUGUCCAACGACAGCCUCAACAGCGGCAGCACCAGUGAUGGCUACUGUGGCAGCAAGGACCAGGUGCGCACUGCGGCCAAACCACAAAUGCAAAAGCGGCCAGACAAGCUUGAGCUUAAGGUGGCCCACCAUGACAUCCUCAAUAAUUCACUGCAAGGCACAACAGAGAUUAAUAAAAAUGAAAUACCAGAGCGAGAUUCUGAAGUGAAGACGUCAGAGCCAAGCAGCACAGAGACAGAGAAAGCUGAAGAGCCUUAUCUGUCCACACCAGCGACUACAUCAACCAAGGUAUCAUCCGAUGUGAGCAUGCCCACCAUUAAGCUGUCCCCCUCCUAUCAGCACAUCCCACUCAUACAAAGUGUUGCCAAGUUUGGGGUUGCCAAGAACACUAUCAAUGUCCAGGCAGCCCAGGCGAUGAGAAGGCAAGCCUGGGUGCCUACAGUGAUGACUGGUGGAAGCAUAACCAAGUUUUCUCCAAUCGUAGCAGCCAGAAGCCCAGUUCUGGGGCAGAUGGAGACUGUGCAGAAAUACUCAGUGGAGAACACACCCAUAUGCUUCUCACGCUGUAGCUCCCUCUCUUCGCUGUCCUCUGGCGAUGGCGCCCUGGAUGGACAGAGCCAGAGCGAGAAUGAGCUUGAGAGUGACUCGUCCCUUGAAAUCAUCGAAGUGGAGGAUGACGAGGAACUGCGGAGGAGGGAGGAAGAGGAUGAGACGUUGCAUGAUCUAAGCGACAGCCAGAUGCUCGUGACAGACCAGAAAACUAGCGCCAGCAUCAGCAGCCUGCCCUCUGACCCCAUUGAAAUCCCCAAGCAUCGUGAGAAGGUCUUCCUCAGGGAGGUCUCCCCCAUCAUUCCCGAAGACCAAACUCCGUCAAGUUCCUCCGACAAUUACAUCCAUGAGACACCCCUUGUCAUGAGUCGCUGUAGCUCUGUCAGCUCUCUGGGCAGCUUUGAAUCCCCCUCCAUUGCCAGCUCUAUCCUGAGCGAUCCCUGCAGCGAGAUGAUUAGUGGCACUGUGAGCCCAAGUGACCUCCCGGACAGCCCUGGGCAGACUAUGCCUCCCAGUCGCAGCAAAACCCCAUGCUGUGCUGAGACAGGUGGCCCUGAGGCCCAGAACAUGGGGAUGGGGAACCAAUGGGAGAGCAGCCUGAGGAAGUUCAUGGAGAUCGCAGAUUUCAAGGAACGGUUCAACCUACCUCCCGACUUGGACACUAUGAUCUACUUCACUGUGGAGAAACCGACCGAGAACUUCUCCUGUGCCUCCAGCCUGAGUGCGCUACCUCUUCAUGAGCAUUACAUACAGAAGGACGUGGAGCUCAAACUGACUCCCCUACUUCAGCAACAAGACAACAACCCCAAUGCCCAACAUGGACAGAGAGAUGAAAGGGAUGAUCGAGGCUGUCUCGACCAAGCUGAGCGGUACAGUGAAGGGAAUUCAGAUGAUGAUAUAGAGAUUCUCAAAGAGUGUAUCAACUCCGCAAUGCCCUCCAGGUUUAGGAAAGUGAGACCUCUGAUGUCUACUCUGUCCAACCAGAUGCUUAACCCUCAAGGAAGAAGAUCUAUUCAACUGCCCGUGUACAUGGUACUGCCCAACAGUAAUCAGAUGUGUGCCAUGCGAAAGCCUGGAAUGAGUGAAAGGGACAUCUAUCACGAUGAUUCAUCCUUCACAGAUUCAGCAGAGGGUACUGCAAUUAACUUCUCAAGCACCACUUCCUUGAGCGACGAGACACUUCAGUACCCCAUGAAGGCCAAGGCAGCCAAGGACUGGCGUGCCAGGAACAUGGAGAAGAGGGAGCUCAUUGAUCAAGAGGCCAAGCGCAUUGAGGAGCUGCGUAUCUUUUCACGCUUCCACAAGCCUAACAAGAUGCCCAAUCAACCAGAAGUGACGGGUGCUCAGAUGAACAGGAUGAGGCACGCUGUCCCAACCCAGAGACUGCUCAUGCAGAGCAAAGAAAUGGCCGCCAGACUGACCCAGCAGAGAUUCAACCGAGCCCAGUCACCCGCACCCAACAUCCAAACGCAGGCGCAGAACCUUUCACGGAGCAUGCCACAGUUAGAUCUGCCCAUCAGAAUGCAAAGGGCAGAGAUGUAUCAAAGCCAGAAGUCUCUCUACGGGGAGAAUGCUCAGGAAAAUGUGGCAUUUCAGUCAAUGCGACACCCAACACCAACUGAGGAAGCCAUCUACUGUUUCUAUGACGAUCAACUGGAUAAAGAGGAAACAAGGAUGACACAAACAGGACUGAAACAAAUAAACGAUACAAACAACAGGAUAACUAUGAAAACCCGUGGAGGGAUGAAAGGCAAGCGUGAGGACAGUCCCCAGACAAGGCUCAAGGGCUUCCAAAAGAUCAAGCAGAAUCUAAUUAUGAAUGAGGCCCCACCAUGUUACUCUCUCAGUUCCUCCCUGAGCUCCCUCAGCGAUGCAGACUUCGAAGAGCACAAGGGGAAGAAGCAGCAGGUCUGGAUGAAAAACAGACACAGCGUGGCGUCUAAUCAAGCUCAGUGUAACAACAAGCUUCCCCACAUCCAGAGCCAGUAUGAGGAGAACAGCUCGCCCAGCUCUGUCAGUAUGGACUCUGAGGACGAUCUCCUGCUGAAGUGCAUCACGUCCGCAAUGCCCAAACAGAGGAAGAAGCAAUCUGGAAGGAAGAGGAAGUCUGACCGGAAACAGAAACAGAGAAAUGGCCAACAAAAAGCUUCCGAUGACUGCAAACCUGAGAAAGAGAUGGAAAGCGACGACAUGUUGUCUGAUAAAGACUCGGAUCUCAACAGUGUUGAGUGGAGGGCAAUACAAGAGGGGGCUAAUUCAAUUGUAACAAAGCUGCAAGCCUCAAAGUCUCAGGAGCAGUCAUCCGAGUCGGAGUCAGUGCUGUCGUUCAUGUCUGGUGUGUCUAUGACGUCGAGCUUUACCCCCAAGGCCGACAGAAAGAACAACAAAGACAACAAGAAUGCAAAGAAACUGUCAGAGGGUAGAAACCAAGGGACCCCACUUGACUUCACCCAACGCAAGCCUGUCUCAAACUUGCCAGUUGUCUUCAGAGGCCGAACGGUGAUCUACACACCCAAGAAGGAGACGACCCUCUCACAACGCCCACCUCCCAGGAAGGUGUCACCGAAAACAGAGAAACCGGUAAAGAAUCCCAACCUUGCUCAGCAUAGAUCUCGUAGUCUGCACAGGCUCGGAUGGCCCAGUGACUCCACAGCGUUCUCUCUGCCCAAGAGAAGCUCAACUCCACCUGCAAGGAUACCAAAGAGCUCAUCAUCCGGUUCUGGAUCUUCCCAAAGCUCUACCCCAUCAAGGCAGACCCAGAAAAAGCUUUCUCCUUCUCCAACACAACCCAGUAAGCCUGCCCUGAAAAAGGUCACAACUCCAGCGUCUAGUCCACCAGGCAAAAAGGGAAACACAUCACUUGCAAAUCAGCCCGCUAAAUCGACUGUCAACAGCAAAACUCACAAGUCUCCCGUCCGCAUACCGUUCAUGCAGACUCCGGCACAGCAACCGAGGACAAUCUCUCCACUGGUGACGAAUCAGCCUACUUCAAUUAGCAGGCAGAACAGCCAGGUGUCAGGAAAGAGAAUCUCACCAGCCAACCGCUUCGAGCUAGUGCGCAUGACGUCAUCCCAUUCCAGUGGAGGCGAGACGGACCGCAACGGCUUCCUGCGACAGCUGACCUUCAUCAAGGAGUCACCCAGUACCUUAAGACGGGAUGGGUCUUGCUCUCGCUCCGUGCCCACUUCCCAGCAUGCCUCACCCCGCAGAACCGGUCCUGGCACCUCCACCGUUUUCCUCUGCUCGUCGCGGUGCCAGGAGCUGAAGCCAGUGGUGCAGGGGCCGAGAAGAGGGCUGGGCCGGGGCCCAGGACAGAAGGCUAUCCCCGAGCAAGGCCUCCUGCGGCAGAGCAGCGCGCUAGCCAGGGCCACCUCCACCGACUCCAGAGACUUCGAGGUGAAGCGCCCAGCCAGAAGAACCAGCUCAGAGAGCCCUUGUAGAAUCCCCAGAAGGAACAUCCCUGCACCGAAGCCCACGGGCCGGGAGACAUUCAGGCGUGAGCGUGAGACGAUCAAGCGUGAGCGUGACCGCGAAACGUUCAAGCGCCAUGCCUCGUCCCCGAGCAUCAAUGUCCUCAGCCGUGUCACCAGCCGAACAUCGCUGCGUUCCUCUUCCUCCGACUCCAGUGCCCGCGCCAAAAGCGAUGAGGACACCAAGAAGAAGACACAGAGGGCAGGGAGUCGUGGCGCAGACAGGACCACCUGGAGGAGGAUCCGUGAUGAGGACGUGCCUCAGAUCCUACAGAGCACUCUACCGGCCACUGCACUGCCUCUGUUGCCUUCACCCAAUGGGCAAAAACCGAUGCCGCCACCACUGCCAAGUAAACUGCCAACCAUCGUGCUGAAGUCCAGGAAGACCAGUGACGCAAUCGUUCAGACGGAGGACUUGUCCACCAGCAAGACAAACUCGAGCACCUCCCCAACAAUCGAAAAUGGCCCAGGCAUGUCCGAGGAUGCCUCUAAACUCGCCCUGCUUCGGAAGAUCAGCAUUGCGUCCUCGGGCAACCUGCAGGACGGAGAUUCUGAUUGCUCCCUGAAAAGCCACAGCACAGUGUCAUCUCUCAACUUCUCCGAUGGACACAGCGGUGGCGUCGGCCACUUCCGCCACAGCUCCCCCAGCAAAGCCGCCCGAGUCACCCCAUUCAACUACAUCCCCAGUCGCACUGCCUGCACACAGCAGGACAUGGAAUGCCAAGCCUCAACACUCACUGAGAAGCCAGCUGGAAAGGUCGAAGCUUAAUAGCUGUGCCCCUGUCUCAGUGUGUUCAGAAUUCGGUCCAUAUUAUGUUUCCGGAUGCUGCAACUCAGGUGGAUUCAUUGAAAGCAUCAGUAUUUUUACCUCCUAUAACGUAGAACUUCUCUUGUCUUGCCUCCCUCUUGCCAUACAUCUGAAAACAUCCACCUUCAAAGACCCUGGCGCUGGCAUCCUCAAAUCCUAUGUGUACACCCAGUAGCUGCAGUCCUUAAAGUAAUAUGCAUAAUUCCUGAAGAGAUAACCAUGCUGAAAAAGGUGCAUUUUUCUACUUUUUUUGUACAUGUACA